UUGCAGUGGUGUGGGGGAAGCACAAUAGUUUUGAGUUUAUCCUCUACGCUUAAAAAUGUUUAUAAGGCAAGGUUAUCGAAGAAUUGAUCCAUUAGUGUUAGUGCUUUUUGAGAACGUUCUGAACGCUCAGUUAAAGCUAUCGAUUGAACUUGCAACAUGAAUAAUAUAGUAGAAGAUGAAUAUGUUGGAAAAGGGCAAAAUGGAAUUGUUCAACCCCUACUCACCGAUUUGUACCAAAUAACUAUGGCAUAUGCUUAUUGGAAAUCUGGAAAAAGAAAUGCCACAGCGGUAUUUGACUUAUAUUUUCGGAAAAAUCCUUUUCACGGUGAAUUUACUAUAUUUGCAGGACUAGAAGAAUGUUUGAAAUUUCUGUGCAAGUUUCAUUAUUCAGAUUCCGAUAUACAGUAUUUAAGAAAAAUUUUACCAACAUCAACAGAAGAUGAGUUUUUUAGAUAUUUGCAAAGUCUUACAGUAGAAGAUGUAACGCUUUAUUCAGUCCCAGAAGGAACCGUUGUAUUUCCAAGAGAACCAUUAUUAAGAGUUGAAGGUCCUCUGAUAAUUGUACAAAUUUUGGAAACAACCUUAUUAAAUUUGAUUAAUUAUGCAUCUUUGAUGUCAACAAAUGCUGCAAGAUUCCGAUUAGCUGCAGGCCAAUUGAAACUAUAUGAAUUUGGUCUCAGGCGAGCUCAAGGUCCUGAUGGAGGAUUAUCUGCUUCAAAGUAUUCUUAUAUUGGUGGUUUUGAUGGUACUAGUAAUGUAUUGGCAGGAAAACUGUACAACAUUCCAGUUAAAGGUACUCAUGCUCAUUCUUAUGUAACAUCAUAUUGUUGCCUACCAGAGUUAGUUUUGACGCAGUUGAGUCCAAAGUCAGGUGGUGAGAAACGUGAAUUUCUACAGCAUGCAAUGAAAUGGAGGGAACAAUUGAUGUCCUUUUUUCAAGUACCAACAUCCCAAGCCAAUGAUGGGGAACUAGCAGCCUUUGUAUCUUUUGCUAUUGCUUUUCCUGAUGGAUUUAUGGCACUAGUGGAUACUUACGAUGUUGUGAAAAGUGGCCUUUUUAAUUUUUGUUCAGUUGGUUUGGCUCUGCUGGAUUUUGGCUACACUCCCAUAGGAAUAAGGUUGGAUAGUGGUGAUCUAGCAUAUUUAUCUAACAUUGCAAGAUCAUGUUUCAAAAAGAUUGCUGACAAUUUUAAAGUACCUUCCUUCGAAAAAUUAUUAAUUAUGGCUUCAAAUGAUAUCAAUGAAGAAACAAUUUUGAGCCUGAAUGAACAGGGUCAUAGUAUUGAUGCUUUUGGAAUUGGUACACAUUUAGUAACUUGUCAAAAACAACCAGCAUUGGGUGGUGUUUUUAAAAUGGUUGAAAUUGAUGGACAACCUCGCAUUAAAUUAAGUCAUGAUGUUGAAAAAGUAACCAUACCAGGAAGAAAAGAAACUUUUCGUUUAUAUGGUGGAGAAGGUUAUGCCCUCAUUGACAUCUUACAAAGAACUGUGGAGGAACCUCCUCAAGAAAAUCAUCGAGUUCUUUGUCGUCAUCCUUUUCAAGAAUCUAAAAGAGCUUAUGUUACACCUGUGAAAGUUGAAAAACUUCUUACCCUGUAUUGGAGCAAAGGAAAAAUUUGUCAAAAACUCCCAAACAUGCAAGAAAUCCGUGAAAGAGUCAAAAGUUCCUUGAGAAUACUCAGGUCUGACAUCAAACGCAGUUUGAAUCCCACUCCUUAUAAAGUAUCUGUAAGUGACAAUUUAUAUACUUUUUUACACGAAUUGUGGCUUGAGAAUGCACCUAUUGGGGAAUUGUCCUGAAAUAGAGUUACUUAUAGUGACUUGGUGCUCACAGUGAAAAAAUUCAAGAAAUAUUAACCAAACAAAUGAUAAACUUUUGCUGAGCUGAUUUUAAUCUUUGUAUGUUUACUGAUUACCAGCCAUUCUAAUUAAAGCUUCAAUUUAGCAUCUCAAAAAUGGCUUUCUAAUAUUUGUUUUGAAUAUCACAGCUUCCAAAUCAAUUUCUCUUUUUGCCAUAAAUCAAUUCAAAGUAUUGAUGCAGUAUUCAAUUGAGAAUAAAGUAAUUUGUAGCACUAUAAAACAUGCUUUCUAGUUUGUUCAAAAUCAAUUACAUGAUUCAAAAAUCAUAGUGAUGAAGAAAUUCAUUAAAACAAUUGCGUAUUGGUAGUUACAAUUAAUUUGAAAAGAUUAUUCUUAACAUUAAGUGAAAUAAACUUAUCACUUUUUAGUGCCUAUGGAUAUAAUUUUUUUAUGCUCUGAGGACUUUUACUACUCAUCUGUGUAAAACUGCUGAAAAGAAUUUUCUCCAAUGGAUGACAUUUUUUAAAUUUCAUCGUAAUUCAUGAAAUUUUAAUAUCAAUAAUUUAUUAGUUAGUUAUCAUAGCAGUAAAAACAGUGAUUUAUCUAACAUCAUAGUUCAUUUCAGAAUUAACAUAAUUUUCAUCAUCAAUCAAAGAUUUGUUGUUUUAGACUAGACUAUAUGGUUUAUGUUAUUAUUCUAAAGUGGUGAACCUAGAUAUAAAUAUCUUAACCUUUUAUGGAAAAUAUAUCAUGAAUUGAUAGAAUAAUUGAUAAAAAAACUACCAGUAUUAAAUAUGGAUUUUAUUUGGUAAGAUAUUGAUGGAUUCACUUAAAUGAUCUAAAUGGUGGAUAUCAGUAAACUUACACAGCAAAAUUUCAUACAAAUUGAAAUAAAUUUCGAUAUUGCAAUCAUUGUAUAGAGAACUAAUAUUCUUUGUACAAUGGUGAAGUAUUUAAAAACUAUAAAUCUUAAUUAUUUUAUAUAUUCUACCACAAGUUGGUUGAAAACGAAUUUUUUCAUCUUAUUUUUAAUUUUCUUAAUUAUAUUAUUUAAUUCUAUAUACACUUUAUUCUGUUUAUUUGUGUUUUUUAUAUUUAUCCAUAUUUUCAUUAUUCAGUCGAUGUAAAUUUAAUUUUGAUGAAUAAAUUUUCAACACUUCAUUUCAUUACUUUAGAAUAAUCUCCAGAAAAUUGCUGAAUUUUCUGUUACAUCAAAAAUUUCCAAAUUUUACAUUCCACAAUUUUUUUACGGUAAAUAUUUUCAACAAAAACAAAUUCCACUGGGGAAAAACAAAUUAUGUUAUUUUGAUUUAGUAGUUUUAUUCUUGUUUUGUUUUGUGUUUUGUUUGUUUCUUUGGUUAUUUUUUAUGAAAUAUUACGUACAACUUGGAUUAUAAUUGAAAUCUCUUGUAAAGUAUGCACAAAACUGUCUGAAUUCUGAAUUGUCAACCUUGGAUUUACAAUUGAAUAUGUAUUUCAGAUAAUAUCCAGAUCAGAGAAAUAAUUAGUAUUUUUAUAUUUGUGCAUUCUAUAAAUGUAGUUGUUUUGUUAAAACAAUUUUUUAUGAACUCCAAGUGAAUCUAAUAUUUUAUUGUAAAAAAGUUAAAACGAAUUUUUAUAUACUAUAAUGAGAGAAUUAGAUAAGACCAAAGAUUUUAUAUUCUUAUAUAGUUUUUUAUUUGUUGAAUGAAUUAGAUUAUUUGAUCAGUGGAGAAGCGAUAAGCUAUAUAAAUUUGUAACAAUAUCUGUUUAUAUGGUUGGAAUCUCCACUACACAGUUAAAUUCUUAAUAAACAAUAAAAUAAACUAAA